UUAAAAAGUUUAGGUACAGAAUGAGGUUGUAACCAACUGGAAUGAAUGCACAUAGUGAGGAGAUGGAUGUCUGCACUGUAUAAGUAAUGGUUUAUAAUUUUGUUGCAGCCAGAAUCUGAACUGGAGCCUCAGAAUGAUCAGAUUAUUAUCUUCUUUAUGAAAACCAAAGAAGUCUACUUCUAAAUUUGUAUGAAGGGUCACAAUGGCACCACUGAAAAAGUAAACGGUGCUAGGAAUCACUCAGUUGAAGCUGUAACAAACAUGGUUAUUACUGCAAACCUUAUGCCAACAUAUAGUAAGGGAAGCAUGAGGAGACAGAAGACUACGUCCAAGUGAGGAGACAGAAUAACAAAUUAGGUUCAUGUGGUAGCUUCUGACACCAAGGCGAUCCAGGACAUUUGCAGAGAGCGUAAGCAGCUAGAGGAAUUCUGGAUCAGGAUUAUUAAGCUGGAAGCCGAACUACAAACACUGCACACUUAGAGGCUUAAGAUGACAACCGGUGAUUUGAAGGGAUCCCUUCGAAAAUUAGAACAAAGUCUUCGUUCACUGAAUUAUCCGGAAGACAUUGAUUAUAAUGGUCUUGCUAAGGGUGAUCCUGCUGCUUUUCUGCCAAUCAUCAGCUAUGCCUUCAUCUCAUAUUCCACAUAUGUGACCGAGCAGCUACUAACAGCUGGAGUAGAACUUGCAGGAAAGAAUGACUCGCGUUUUCUUGAUGCCGUUUAUAAGCUACUACGCAACCAGUUCCAGUAUAAACCAUUACUGCUAAAGGACCAGUUUCUACACUAUGGGUUUGCGGAAAGAAAGAUGCAGCUUUCCUGUGAUAUAAUAAACAUUGUAACAAAAAGACACAAGGAGCUGAGCAGCCUCAACAAGGUUAAGGCGCAACCAUAUAAGAAUUCAAGUUGUCCUGUAAAAAUCCACACUCGAUUUAAAUGUGAAUCACUAAUUCCUGAUUCCUUGCCAUCCGAAUCAAACAUAACAAUAAAACCUUUGGUGGAACGUCAUUUAUCCAGUAAUGAUGUGAAAACAAUUCACAUUUCAUCCAAUCCUGAAAAUGAAGUUGUUGAAGAUAAACCUGUUAGAGAAUAUUCAGAACUACCCAGUUCACAUGAAUCACAGGCACUAGAGAUUGAAAUGCUUAAGCAUCAGAUUGCCAAAUGUCAGGAGAAGCUCCAAGUACUGGACGUGGUACAGAGUAAGCUGCAGGCUUUAGAAUGUGCGACAGCUGGAAAAGUGAUUAUAGAUGAGAAGGAUUGGAAUAAUCUGCUGAGCCGUGUUGUUCUGCUCGAAACUCAGCUGUUACUGCAUUCCAGAAAGAAUGACAUAGCUUCUGAUUCCAUCGGUGGGAAUGAAGAAUAUACUUUGUGCCAAAUGACAAGCCGCAAUUCUUCAGAUAAAGAGAUGAGAGUUGAGACGCCAGAGAGUCUUAGCCAUCAGUCAUCUGGAUACAACUCACUGCUAUCAGCAGAUGAAUCGCCCAAAGCAGCAAACAUCAAUUCAUUAUGUCUGACAGAAGUCACGAAGACAGAGGCAAUGAAACAUAAGGUGGAAAGGAUAAGCAAAAUGAUUGAAGAAACUACAGAAUUGCUUAAAUGUACAGAAAGUUCAGCUGACAAUAAUGCACCAAGUCCUUUAUUGUCCCAAAAGCAAAGUACUACAGAUGCUUGAAAUCUGAAAUAAAAAUGGAAACUGGAAAGGCUCAGCAGGCCAGGCAGCAUCUGUAGAGAAAGAAACAGAUUCAGGAUUCAAGCUCAUGAGCUUUCAGCAGCACUAGUGCUGAACAUUUUAUUUUGCCAAUUUUGUUUAUAAACUAUAGUAUUUGUGGUGAUAAAAUUGAGAGUAUAUUUUUGCACUCUUUUAUUUUAUUUGAAUGUUUAACUUUUUCACCAACAUUGAAAUUCUUAUGAGCGAAGUAUUUGCAAUAUUACUGUAUAGGAGUAAUUUCAAACUGUCAGAAGCUACAAUAACAGUUGUCCAGAGUAAGGAUGAAAUUUGUGAAGAAAUUAUAUAUUUAACCUGUACAAAGUUAUGUGAUAGGAAUAAAGAGGAGCUUUUGAUUUCUGUA